GAGUAAUGUAAUAUAUGUCUGUAUGCAAUUAACUUCCCUUAUCUAUCCUUUGGCUUUUAAUAAUAAUAAGAAAAAAGCUGUCACUUUUUCAUUUCUGAUUUUAUUUCGGCCUAUUUGAAAACUUAUCGGCAUUCAAAACGCUCGAUUAUCUAUUGCCCUGCGUUAUCGAAGAAUUCAGUGAGUUCCAAAGAGACUGGUUGCUUGUCAACUGACUGCAGUUGCAAUGCUUGUUGAACAGUUCCAUCUGGUAUUUAGGCACUUGGAAUCCAUUAUAUCAUGAGUAGCCCUGACCAAGUCAGAAGGUAUACAAGGACUAGAAGUAGAAGGAGAAUGUUGAAUGUUGAUCUUAAUUCUGUGCCACCAUGUGAGAACAGGGAUCAUGAGGGGCCUUCGAUUCACACUAGGUCACAGGAUAGACAAGCGGCUCAAGGGGUCUCCUCAAUGCCUCUGUCAAUUGAUGUUGAGGCGUUGGAUGAUGAUGUUGUUAUUUCUUCGCCUAGGGCAUUUGCUGAAGCUAAAAAUAAUUCAAGACGGGCUCGCGAACAGACAAUUGUGGUGGACCUCGAUUCUGAUGAAAGGCCGGCCCGCUACAAGCGCAGAAGGGUUUCUACCAACCAGACAAUUAUAAAUUGUGACCUAUACAUAAAUUUGGAUGGCAGUGGCACCUCUAAGAGAAAGAGUGUACAAACGGUAACUUUGCCUCCAUCACCUCCCCCUCCACCUCCACCACCAAAGGAGCCCACAUUCAGCUGUCCUGUUUGCAUGGGGGCAUUAGUUGAGGAGACAUCAACAAAGUGUGGUCAUAUUUUCUGCAAGGCUUGCAUCAAAGCUGCUCUAGCUGCCCAGAACAAAUGUCCUACAUGCAGGAGAAAGACAACUGCCAAAGAUAUCUUCAGAAUUUACCUUCCCACCACUUCAAUUGCCUGAGGAAGCAUCCUUUCAUUUUUAUGCUUCCAAAUGUGCAAUAAUUGUGGGAGCUUGUCCCGGAAAUUUGGGCAGAGCAAAUAUGUGGAAAAGAUUAUGUAAGGUGAUUGUCUUUGCGGAUAGUUUAUUACUGUAUUUUAUCAUUAUUAGCUACCAACCCAGAAAAAUUUGCUUUUAGUAUCUUAGACCGAGUCUCUUGCAUAGAGCUCUAUUGGUGGUUUUUAAAUUGCUUUUGGUUAUCUUAUUGUGUAUGAUUUCAAAUGCUUAUGAGUUGAUACUGGACUAUUGCCAUCUUCUAGAUGCCUAGUGAAGUGUUUCUAAAAAUCAAAUCUACUUUCUUGUUCUCUAUUUGGCUUUAUUUUCUCAUGGAUUCUAUGGAAAUAGUUGAUGCACAAGAAAUUUGUAUAGCCUUGAUAAGUUGGGUAGUCUUGAGGUUUUGGUUAUUUUUCAUGGGAUUAUUCAUCACUUAUUAAAUAAGUGUAUUAAUCUAAAG